CCAGCUCGACUUCGCUUCCUCGUCGGACUGAAUUCUCGCAACAAUGGCGACCGAGUUGACCGUCCAGUCGGAACGUGCGUUCCAGAAGCAGCCUCACAUCUUCGUCAACCCCAAGUCUCAGGCGAAGAGCAAGAAGGUUGGCACCGGCCGCAGAUGGUACAAGGAUGUCGGUCUGGGUUUCCGUACCCCCAAGGCCGCCAUUGAGGGCAGCUUCAUCGACAAGAAGUGCCCCUUCACCGGUCUGGUUUCCAUCCGUGGCCGUAUCCUGACCGGCCGUGUCGUCUCCACCAAGAUGCACCGUACCAUCGUCAUCCGCCGUGAAUACCUCCACUACGUCCCCAAGUACAACCGUUACGAGAAGAGACACAAGAACCUUGCCGCCCACGUCUCUCCCGCUUUCCGUGUUGAGGAAGGUGACUGGGUCACCGUCGGCCAGUGCCGCCCUCUGAGCAAGACUGUCCGCUUCAACGUCCUCCGCGUCCUUCCCCGUACCGGCAAGGCCGUCAAGGCUUUCUCCAAGUUCUAAGCGUGUCGAUGAAGAAGGGUGUGUUUUCGCGAGGAAGAUAAACCUAGGGCAGCGGCGUGACUGGAUAUAAACGGAAUAGUUUACGGGUUGGGAUUGUUUCACGAUUUCAUGUCCCAGGUACCCUUGUGGAAGGAAUAUCCAAUGAAAAAAUUAUUUUGAUUCUCCCACAUAGACUUCACUGUACAAGGUCUCGGGGGGGGAAAAACAUGGGGAACAUGCUAGUUUUCGAAGUUGGCCUUGCAAAUCAAGUCACUGUCCGCGC